AUGGAAGCUGCAGACGCAAUUGAUGAUCCCAUUAAUCCUACCGACAAGGAGAAGAUUCGCCGGGCCAGGAAGCGGGCUACUGACCGCCAGUCGCAGCGGGAUCACCGCGAGCGACAACGGAUCUACAUCAGACAAUUGGAGGAGACCGUUCAGUCCUACAAGGACGCCUUCUCCAGUAAUGGUAGCAGUGAUCUAGCGGCGUUGCUGAAGGAGCAGGAGAGGUUGCAGGCCAGGUGUAAAAGUCUUGAAGCUGCCUUGGCUCGGAUCAAGAAGUUGGCAAGCGAUGUGCAUGUCGGUGACGAUGUUGGCUGCACCGAUCAAGAUCCCCAGAAUUUGUUUGCGAGGAACCCUCAACAAGCCAGUGUCUCGACCUCGCCCUCCGCCGAGCUUGAUAGUUCGGGCCCGUCUGAUGGUCUGCCCCAUGUCGGUCAGCCUGUCUCAGGCACCCGUGCGAUGGAUAUGUCGAUUGGACUACCUUCUCAUGAGAUGGAUUACUUCGACCUUUCCUGUGACCGUACGCCAGUAUUCAAUACCACAAUGCCCCUCAUCCACCAGGAAGACCGAGUCGAGGAGCUCCGCGCUGGCGAUGAUCUCGACCGCUGCAUUGCCAGCAUGGUGGACGGGACAGCUACAGACCCGAGUCUCGUACCGGACUCUAUUGCGAUGCGAACCCCUCUUCUAACAGAACCUGUCAUACCAAUCGACUUCAACGGGGCCCUACCCACGCAUCCAAGCUUUCCCAAACUAAGCCACAGCAUGGGCAAGUGGGACGAGAUUCUGUUGAGCAUGGUAGAUGAAGCACGACUGCAGCAUCGCCGUGGCCAAUUCGGCAUGAAUGAACCGUCCCUGCGAAGCCUUCUGGGCGAUCUGAUCGGCAGUACGGACGUGUUUGCCAUGAUUGAGCAUCAGGCGCAGAGAAUGGAGACUUGGAAGGUCGACCGGAGGUUUCAGGAGAAAUACUCCCAGUUCGCAGAUUGCCGGCUAGGGUAG